CGCCCGAGCUCUGGUGUGGCUUUCAGAUGAUGCCACGUUCAGGAAAUAUAUGCAAAUGCUGUGGUUACAGAACACAGUGGCCCAGGCGCCCAGUGUGGCUGCCCAGCACUCAGAGACAGCUCUCAGAGAUAAAAGACGGAUGCUCACAGUUUGGAAAUAAGAACUUGAAUGAAGAGUUGAGAAGACAAACCGAGACGCCGCCGUUCUGCUCAGAAUUGACCAGGAAGCCGUGAAAUCUCGGAUGGAAGGCUACUUAGAAGACUGCCUGCUGAAUAAGGUGGACUUGAGGCGCCAGUGGAUUUCGCAGAUGGUGGAAGAGGUGCAGAAAGUUGUCCAUCACCUGACCACAGAAAUAAGCUACCAAGACUUUCGAUUUCAAGCUGUCCCUUACUGUGACACGUACAAUGAGAACAUUAAGGUCUUGGCUCCCUCCCAGUUCCUCGUCACAGUCCCGAUGAGAGGCCUGGCCGGCUACAGGGAGGCCCGGCAGCAGCGCUGGCGCUACUACAGCCUGAGGGGCGCCCGCCUGCCCCGUCCCCUGCAGGACCCGGACGGCCUGCAGCAGUGGCUGGAGGUGGAGCAGUUCCUGAAGAGCCCCGGGCAGUGGCACGAGGCCGACGUGAACAUCGAGGGAGACAUUGUGCCCGCCAAGGUCCUCCAGGUGUUCCGGAAACUGGUCGAAAACGCAAUUGAGACCUGUUGCCUCUCAGGUAGGGUCCGCAUGCUAAUGGACCAUCUUGUCGUUCGAGUUGUCGUGGAAACCUCUGCGGGUCAGGUGGAACUACAGCUGACCCCCUCAGUGGACAUCCCCACCGCCUGGUCCAAGAAAGCCCAGUGGCCUUCGUGUCUGAAGCGCUGGCCUUCUCCAGAGACAGUGCAGUGCAUCAAGUCAUUCGGGUUCAGCUUGCUGGCCUGUUCAAGCUAUCACUGGCAGCUGAGCUUCUUGCGGGCGGAGCAGGUGCUGCUGGAGCAGCUGGAUGAGGACGGGGGCUGCCGCCGGAAGUGCUUUCAGGCCCUGAGGCAGAUGAAGGAGGACGUCUGGUGUCCGGGGACACGGCCUGUGAUCACGUCCUACCACCUGCAGACGGUGCUCUUCUGGACUUGUGAGAAGUACCCCUAUCCCAAGGACUGGCAGGUCUUCAGCAGGGGGUUCCUGCGCCUGGUGAGGAAGCUGCACAAGUGCGUGAGUCAGCACUUCCUCAAGCAUUACUUCGUGCGGAAGAGCAACCUCCUGCAGUAUGCCAGUUCACGCGAGCUGGACGCCCUGGCCCAGACAUUGGCCUUCUUCCUGAAGGACCCCCAGAUCAGCCUGCCCUGAUGCUGCCUGGCCUGGGACAUUCUUGGACAUUUCAUUGAAGCUUGACCUCACUCUCCGUGGAUCGUUCCUCAGUCAAACGCCAGGAUCCUGUCUGGGAGAGAAGCCACAGAUGGCAGUGGAAAUUACAUCGACCCAGCAGCAUUUCAGUGGGGAAACUUCUGCCCCAUGAUGUCUGGUCCAUGCUCCCUGCAACCAAGCAAGCCUUUCUGCCCCACUAGCUACCUCUUCUGGGGACGGCUCUCAUCGGGCUUCCCUGAGCCAUAGAUUCUGAACUGAUGAUGGUUCUGAAUUUAUUUUCCCUGACUCAGGCUCUGAUUGUCUGAUGGGGAGGAUAUAGAUGAGAACCACCGAAAGGCCAGGCAUCAUCCUGGAGUGGUUCUCCAGCCCACUGAGCACAGGCUCGUGAUUUUCCAUUUGUUAAAUGGAACUAUCUCUUUGCCUCCCCCAGGGCAGGGCUGUGAGCCUACGGAACUGUGCUGCUGCCCUUUCAAGGGGAAGGCGCUGGAUCAACACAACGUUUUAUUGUUGCUUUAGUGGCUGGGGUUUGCAUUCAGGAUCAGUAGCAACACAACUGGUUGAAUGAUUACAUCUGAUGGGUGGUUAGCAUGCCUGUGUUGCCCCUGUGCCCUCCAGUUCUCCUCCUGCUGGCUGGGGCUUGUGGGUCUACCUGGUCCCCUGGUGUUCUCUAAGAAAGGGGCGUGGCUUUGAUGAGUUAUGGAGUCAAAGGUGAAUGUGCAGUGACCCCAGUGCUGGCUUCCCAUCCUGUGGGUCAGGGGUGGGACUUCUCCUUAUGGAAAGAACUCAGUACUGUGAUCUGCAGGGAAUGACUUUGGUGUCAUUCCCCUGUCAGUUCCUUCCUUUGCUCACUUGGUUUACUUACUUGUUCACUGAUAAAUAUACGUUCAUUAGGUACUGGGGAUACAGUGAAGCAAGAUAGAUGAGGACUCACCUGAUGCAGAUGACACCUAAUGGUAGAGACAGGAAAUGAACACCUGAUAAAUAAAUAUGAUUAUUACAGAUGGUUGCAAAUACCCCAAAGGAAAUAAACAGAAUACUGAAAUAGAGCCACAGAGAGAUCCUUGAAGGAUGAAAUUGUGAACAGCUGAAAGGGAAGAAAAGGGCCAGGGGCAGACUUGGAGGGGCUGGCACGAGUCAGAUCACUUGGCCUUGUAAAGCUGGUAAGGAAUUUGUAUUUUACUCUAAAAUCAGAGAUGUGACAUUUGACCUCUCCAGAAGCAAAAGGUAUUAUGACUUGAUUUGCAUUUUGAAUGUUCAUUCUAGAAACUGUAUCAAGGGAGUCUGGGGACCCACACUAGGAUGGGGCCCUGAAGACCCUUGAGCCCACGUAUUUGAAUUUCACUGAGAUCAUCAAGGGCUUCCCUGGUGGCUCAGACGGUAAAGCAUCUGCCCGCAAUGCGGGAGACCUGGGUUUGAUCCCUGGGUUGGGAAGAUCCCCUGGAGAAGGAAAUGGCAAUCCACUCCAGUACUCUUGAGAUCAUCAAGGCCACACAUCCUGUGAAACACACAGACAAGGAAUUCUAGGAGUUCUUGGGGGAUUCACAGUUUCUUCUGGAACUCAUUUAUGCUUCUCAAUUCAAGGGAAUCCCUUAUUACUUAGAACAUUUGCCCCAGAUAUAUAAUUCCUAAAAGCAUAAACGACUGAUUUUUUUUUUUUUUAAAGAAAAGUCAUGUAUGAAAAUGAUACAAUUAUUUUUACAAAAAUGCUGUAAGCAAGUAGUGGGGUCCUUGCACUGUCACAUUGGAAAUCAUGGUUUUAAAAUACUGAACAAGCAUACCAUUAGUUUAUAGUUUUGAAAAACAUGAAAUUAUGAGCAAACCAAUAUUUUGUUGGUUAUUCUGCAUUUGAAUUCUCAUAUUCUUGAGAAACAUCAUUUUUGAGAAGGUGGCAGAUAUAUUUUUUUAAUGAUGGAAACAGCUGAUGCAAGUUUUAAAACAGUCACAGAAUUCCCAAAAGUGAAAAUUGAUUGUACCAUUGAACUGAAGUGUAUGUAUGUGUGUGGAAAGGAGUGGGACUGACAUACUCCACAGCCUGAUUCCAGUAGAUUCUUCCCACCUUUCCCUACAGUUUUGUGGGGGUUUUUGUUUGUUUGUUUGUUUGUUUUUUGAAGAAAGUACAGCUAUGUGCACGUUCCCGGGUGUUCCUACUACUGGCCAGCAGAGGGCAGUGGGGGACUGCAUAUAAAAAGAGCCAGGUUCCCACCCAUGCAGCGCAGAGCCCAGCAGGUGUCGCCCCUCUCAGCCCAUAAUUUAAACUGGCCUCUGCAAAAAGGGAACCAAGGGGAGAGGACUUCAGCUGAUGCUGAAUUGUUCUUUUCCUGCCAUUUUGGCCAAAAGAUGACCGUCUUUCUGGUUAAAGCUCAAAUUUAGAAACGGAGUCUAUGAGAGGAUCGUCCAUCUAUUUCAUUUCCUGGGAUAGAUUACACAGCUCUGAGAAAUCUCAUAAUAUUACUCUUUUAUUUCAGGUCAGUUUUUUCUUCUUUUUAAUUCUCCCGAAGCCCUUUUUCAUUCACCUCCACUCUUCAGGUGUCCCCCAACUAUUUUUUUAGUGGAAUGGUUGGCAUUCAGAGAUUGCAGUUGAUCUGCUUGCGUUCAUAUCCCACUUCUGAAACUAACUGCAUUCCCUUGGCAAGCUGUUAAGCCUCUCUAAAUCUCUAUUACUUUAUGGGCAUUGUUAUGGACUGGAUUGUGUCCCCCCAAAAUUCAUAUAUUGAAGCCCUAACCUCCAAUACCUCAGAAUGCAACUGUACUUAGAACUAGGGGCUUCAGAGCUAGGGGCUGUUAGGGUGGGGUCCUAAUCCAAUAAGACUGAUGUUCUUAGAAGAAGAGACACAGUGGACGGGGGUGCAAACAAAUGACCACCUGAAAAUUGCGGAGCAGCCUCAGGAGAAACCAGCAAUGCUGGCACCUGGAUCUUGGACUUGUAGCCUCCAGACUGUGAGAAAACAAUUUCCUGUUGUUUAAGCUAUGCUGUUUAAGUCAGUGGUAUCUUGUUAUGGUGACCCUGGGAAACUAAUAUAUCAUAAGAGAACAUAUACCUCAUCACUUUGAGGAGGGGAUAAAGAGAACAAUGGAUAUAAAAAGUUGUUUGUUUAAAGCUGGCAUGUAACCGUUGAAUAAACGUUUAGCAUUUUAGAUGCCUAUUGUCCACCUCUGCCAUUCCUGAUAACUACUGCCACCCCAUAGAUAAAUCCUUCAUUAAGAAAUUAAAAAUCAUCACAAGGAAAACAUACCCGUAACACUCCAUAUGUUCCAUAAGCCCACCUUUUCCUUU